UCCUCCAUCUAAACAGAAAAGUGGUCCAUGUUAUGUUAUCCACCGCUUUGUAGGUGGAUAAAGGUUGAUAAAUGCGACUAAUGGAAAUGUUUUCCUGUGAUAUGCGGGAUGUCAGCCCUCUACUCGAAAAAACCUCUUGAGGACCCUAACCCAUUUCGUGAGAAGAAACCUUCAUUUCAAUUUUGGUUUCAGUUCUUGGUUCUUUUUUGUCUACUAAUCCUUUAUUUCUGCUAUGCCGUAAGCAGCAACACCCAAUCACUAUGGGAAAGUGUUUCUCUCAAAAAUUCAUACCGCUGGCUUUUUAUACGAGUUCAUCAGGUUAAUGCUCCCUCUUAUCGAGUCCAUCCUAAACACAAAGCUAAAUUAAAUGAAAUUAAGGAAAUUCAAGAACCCUCUCCAAUACAGGCUAAAGGUCUUCAGUACCAUGAAGCAUAUCCACACAACUACCGCUUCAUCAUGGAUAACCUUCAGGUUUGCUAUGAAAACACACCUUUUCUGGUCCUGAUGGUUCCCGUAGAACCAGAAAACAUUGCUGCGCGGGAUGUGAUCCGUCAGACUUGGGGCAAAGACAAAGUAGUUCAGGGGGAAGUUGUACUCACCCUUUUUAUGUUGGGUCUCAAUUGGAAAAGUGAUGUGGAGAAACUCACAGAGGAGAAUCGGAAGCAUCAGGACCUUAUCCUGAGUAACUUUACGGACACAUAUUCCAACCUGACCAUUAAAACCAUGGUAAUCAUGGACUGGUUGGCUACACGCUGCCCUACAGCAACAUACGGCAUGAAAGUGGACUCAGAUAUGUUCCUGAACAUUGAUAAUCUGGUGAUCAUGCUAAAGAUGCCUGGCAUCCCUAGAGUGAACUAUUUGACAGGAAUGAUUAUGGGAAAUGUGCCUGUUAUCCGGACAAAGGACUCCAAGUGGUACGUCCCAGAGGAGGUUUACCCGUAUCCGCAGUAUCCGACAUACCCUUUGGGAAUGGGAUAUGUCUUUUCCAACGAUCUGCCUGCAAAAUUUGUGGAGGUCUCAAAAUCUAUCAAGCCUUUUAAUAUAGAGGAUGCUUACAUUGGAGAGUGCAUUAAAAAGCUUGGACUUUCACCCAAAUCUCCACCAGAUCCUUCGCAGUUUAAGGCUUAUAAUAACAAGUAUGAUCGCUGUGAAUUCUCUAAGGUCAUAACAUACAUUCUUGAUUCUUCAGAAAAAUUGUUAGAGUAUUGGAGAGACUAUAAGAAACCAGGAGCUCAUUGUCCGAAGUUUUAG